CAAAUUAAUCAUUUGUUCAAACAAUAAAUUGAACAAAAAAUGGCCAACAAAAAACAACUACAUAAGUUCAAAAUAAUGCCCAUAACUUCUCUUUAGGGUAACACCAAUAUUUUUGGAUACUCUAAAAUGACAGAUCCAGAUUGGCAGUUUACACAUAACCCUUCGUGAGUUUGGAUGUACGUUUGCAUAAGGUCAAUAUUUUUUACAUAUAUUUUAUUUUAAAAAAAAUAUUCGAACGAAAAUGGGUAAACGUAAAAAUCAGGCACUUAUCGACUCAGAUAGCAGCAGCAAUGACGAUUCUGGAUCGGAUUUGGAAUCUGAACUAUUAUCUUUGGCAAAAAAGAAGAAAAAGAACCAAGAUAAUUCACCUAAAUCAAAACCAUCCCAUCAAUCAGAUUCUGACACCGACUGGGGAGCCAAGGACAAAUCAAAUUCCAAUGACAGGAAAAAGAAAUUGACCAAAAAGGUUUCCAGAAGCUCUUCAUCAAAUUCUAGCAAUUCUGAGAGCGAGGAUGAGGAUUCUGAUCAUCACAGUGAUAAAGAACAAGCAUCUGCAAAAACUAAUGCAAGUAAUGCUAAAGAAAAUGAAAAGAAACCUGUUGAAAAUCACUCAGAACCAGAAGAAGGUGAAGUGUCAUCUGAUGAUGCAAAUUCCAGUUCAUCUGAUGAUGAAUUUAAUGAUGGUUUUGAUGAAAACCUUAUGGGCGAUGAAGAAGAUAGAGCUCGUUUGGCUGCUCUCACAGAGAAGGAAAGAGAAACAGAAAUUUUCAAACGUAUUGAACAACGAGAGGUUAUGAAAACUAGAUGGGAGAUAGAAAGAAAAUUGCGUCUAGCAAGAAAAGGUACUGAAAAGGUCAAAAAGCCAAGUGGUGAACGAUCAAAGAAAUCACAAGCUGCAGUAUUAAAUAGCUCUUCAGAUUCUAACUUAAAUUUAUCUAAUAGUAGUGCCAAAAAUGCAAGCCCUAAACAACUUGACUCAGCCAAAAAAUCUCAAGAACUGGAAGACUUUGAUUUUAAAGAAAGAUCUAAGGAACGUAAGAAAACUGUUGAAAUGAAUAGAGGCGAUGAUAAAAGAAGCAAUGCCAUGGCCUUAUUGAAAGCUAAAAGAGAAGGCAAACAAAAACGAGAGGAACUUGAUAAAGCUAAAAAAGAAGAAGAGCGUAAAAAAGAGGAAGAGAAAGAAGAAAUUGAUGGAGUUUCUGGUUCCAAAACAAAUGUUAAGUUGAAAGCGUCUGAUAUUUAUUCUGAUGACUCUGGAUCUGAUAGUGAGGAGAAAAAAUCUGUAGGUAGAUCAAGUGAUAGCAGUCGUUCUUCUUCCAGUGAUAGCGAAAGUGAUAAAAAAUCCGUUGUUAAUCAAAAAUCAAAACCUACAUCUAAGAGUGCUAUAGAAUUAAAUACAUGUGAACAAUUAAACAAAUUGCGCCUCUCAAGAUAUAAAAUGGAACGUUUUGUACAUUUACCCUUUUUUGAUAGGGUUGUUACUGGUUGUUUUGUGAGAAUUGGUAUUGGAAAUAAUAAUGGAAGACCAGUUUACAGAGUAGCUGAAGUACUAUCUGUGGUUGAAACUGCAAAAAUAUAUCAACUUGGUAAAACUAGAACAAACAAAGGAAUUAAAUUGAGGCAUGGUUCACAAGAGCGAGUUUUUCGUUUAGAGUUUGUUUCAAAUCAAGAUUUUUCUGAAAAUGAGUUUUUGAAAUGGCGUGAUGCAUGUAAUUCAUCUAACAUAUCAAUGCCUACACAAGAACAUCUUGAUGGUAAAUUAAAGGAUAUAAAAGAGGCACUAAUGUAUGAAUUCAAUGAAGAAGAUGUUACAAAAAUAAUUCAAGAAAAAGAUAAAUUCAGACCGCAUCCAACAAAUUAUGCAAUGAAGAAAACACAAUUGAUGAAGGAAAGAGAUGAGGCUCAGCACCGAGGUGAUUCAGAAUUGGCUUAUACACUUAAUGAACAAAUUCAAGAAUUAGAAGAGCGAGCCAAUAAAUUAGAUAAAAUGCGCACAAGCACAAUUAGUAGUAUAAGUUACUUAAAUGACCGAAAUCGUAAAAUGAAUGUUGAACAUGCUGAAAAGGCAAUUAUGGAAGAGAUUCGAGCCAAUAAAGGAAAGAAAAUUGAUGAUCCUUUCACAAGGCGUUCAACAAAACCCCGUAUGAGUUUCAAAGCAUGUGAAGCCCAACAGGAAGAGAAUUUGCCUAUGCAACCUAUUCCGCCACCUCAAAACACAAAUCGUAAAACUGAUGACAAAAAAGGUUCCAUGAAUCCCAAACCUGAAAGUAAUUUAUAUUCCCUACAUGAUUUUGAUAUUCAGAUAGACUUAGAAGUACCUCUGCCAAAUAAUCCUGUGGCAGUUAUUCCAAAACCGGUGCCCAAAAUUAAAGACUCAGGGCCAAAAAGGUCUUUGAAUUUGGAAGAUUACAAGAAGAAACGAGGACUUAUAUAAACUGUUUUAGUUAUAAAUUAGUUAUUAGUUAAUUAUAAAUAUUAGUUCAUUGAAUUGUACAUAUUUGGUAAUUUAAAAGCUAUACUUGUUAUAAGUAUGAUUAUCCAUUAUUUUAUUUUGUAUUAAUUAAUUUGUGG